AUGACUUCGAAAGACGGUUUUUUGCGAGAUGUGCUCUUCAAUCCAGCCAAAUCGGUGAGUUGAAAUCGAGGUUGAAGAAUACUGUAUUUCUUGAUACAGUAUGUCUUUGGAACUUUUGUAUAAUUAUUUAUGAAUAACUGUUUGACUUCAGAAGUUUUACCUAGCCAAAAUGACUCUCAAGGCGCAGUGUCUUGCCAAAGUUUGUCUAUAGCCGCGACCCCUAGACAAUUAGAUUCAAUAGGCUCCACAACUUGACAACUAGAUUUUCUAGACUCCGCUAUUUCCCUUUGAUCUGAACUAGUUUUCUGAUUUCAGGUAACUUAUCGACCAAUUCCGAAUAAACAAAUGGCAGAAGUUCAAGUAUCAAACAAUGAACAAACAGCAAUAAUCUUCAAAUGGAAAUCAACUCGUCCAGGAAUGUAUAAAAUGCGUCCAGUUUAUGGAGUUCUUGCACCCGGUGAAACUGCCAAUAUUUCACUUUUUUGUAAAGGUGUAAAAGAUCAAGCACCAUUAACAGAUCAUUUCAGUUGUGUUUUGGCUUCAUCACCAUCUGCAAAUGUUAAUCCAGAAAGUAUUUGGAGUAAUCAUAAAUAUCAGCAAAAAUUGGCACAAAGUGGAAAAUUGCGAAAAUUGAAAUUAAAGAUUUUGUAUUUGGGGUUGAAUGAUCAAGAAAAAGAUGAUGAUAAAGAAAAAGAAAAGGAUAAAGAUAAAGAGGAAGAAGAUGAAGAAAAGGAGAAGGAUAAGGAAAAACAAGAAGCAAUGAAGAAGAAAAAACAAGCGGAUGGCAAAAAGGUAACAAACCCACUUCUAUAGUUGUUUUCCAAAAAACAAAUUGUAUUUUUCAGAAGCCUACACUUAUCAUGUUUACUCGCAAAGAAGGCGAUUCAUUGUCUGGCGAAGAUGAAAAUGAUAACACACCAACUGUUGCUGCACCAGCACAACAAAAUAUUAUGGAUUUAUUGAAACCGGUGAGAAAUGCGGGAGUUUUCCAAAAUCAAACGCAAGCGAAUCCUCAACCAAUUCCUGGAUAUCAAAAUCAAUCUCAAUUGCCACCAAAUCUUGCUGGCACAAAAAGUCCAGCUGUUGGUGGAUCAAAGAGUCCAGCAAUGGGAGGAACAAAGAGUCCGGCACCUAACAAAUCAGAAUCAGCGUUUUCUUCGAAAUAA